GCAUGUGUUCUUGUGUGGCUACAGACUGCAGAAGCAUUAGAAGCUGUUGAGAUUUCUAUCUCUUCCUGUGCUCAAACCCUGACUACAGCAUUAUUUCAGUUUUUAUGUUCUGCCCGAGCACAAGUAGUGUGUUCAAGCAGAGAUCGUCACAUUCAGGCCUGGUCAUACUGUAGGUUCAGCAUCCUGCCGUCUAUCACCACCAGGGUUGGGCUACAGUGAUGCACUGGCCUGUCUUCAGCAGGAGUGAACCCAGCAGAGCAAACACUGCAACAAAAUAGCAGAUUGUUUCUGACAGCAAAUGUUCUGAAGCUGAGAUGGUACUGAGAUUCACUUCUUCAUAGAUCCGCCUUCAUGGUGUCCAUGGAUUCCUUCUGACUACAGCAGCUAGUUCUACGUCAUCAAGAUGAUCUCCACCCAGAGACUCUAGUUCCUCAUUCCUCCAUUGGAGGGCCACUGUGGUGAGGGGAGGGGGAGGGUGAAGGAGCCUCCUGUCAUCAGGCAAAUAGCUGCGGAGCCUGCUGGUGAAAGCGAUGGGAACCAUGUAGUGUUCAUUUCUCCACCCAGGGGGAGGGUAGAUUUGAGUCAAGUUUGUUUUCCAUUGAUUUUAGUGUGAGAGUGUUUUAUGUGAGCCAGAGAGGAGAUGGUCCUCCACACCUCUCCCUACUCCAGUGCCUUCCUGCGGUGCCUCACUAGCCUGUCAUGGGGCUUCAUCUUCCCUUGCUACUGGCUGCUGGACCGCCUGCUAGCCUCCUGUGUGGCCACCUCUCUGGAAAAGCGCCGGCGCUCCCAGGACCCCUGCUCCUUUGUGACGCUGUAUGUGCUAGUGUCCACUCCGCUCUACCUGCUGCUCCUCCUGGCCUCGCUGCCCUUCGCUCUGCUGGGAUUUCUGCUGUGGGCUCCCCUGCAGGCGGCCCGCCAUCCCUAUCUCUACACCCACCGCCGCCCGAACAAGCACCAGGCCGAGCAGGGGGGCGCGGCAUCACUGGCCGACUGGAGGCCGCAAGGCCGCAGCUUCUGCUUCGGCAGUGCCAACGUGUGCCUACUGCCAGACUCCCUGGCACGCUUCAACAACCUGUCUGAGACCCAGCGCCGUGCCCGCGAGGUGGGAAAGCGCAUCCGUAACGGGGCCAGCCGGCCACAGAUCAAGAUAUACAUCGACUCCCCCACCAACACCUCCAUCAGCGCCGUCUCCUUCAGCAGCCUGGUCACGGGGUUCCCACGCACCUCCUCACUGGACCAGCGGCCUGACAAUACAGCCGAGUCCGAACCCCUCACCGAGUGCCCUGUACACAAUGCUAGUGCAGACUGCCCAAUACACACUGCCGGUGCAGACUGCCCCAUACCCACCGCUGGUGACGACUGCCGCAUACACCCAACAGGGGACCAGAGCUCCUCAGAUUGUCCCGUCCACGUAGCUGGUGGAGAGAACACACCAGAGUGCCCGCUUCACACUGCUGGUGCCUAUAACAGCUCUGACUGCCGUGUUCACACCACAGUGGCCCAGAACUCCCCAGACUGCCCCUUGCACGCCUCUGGGGUCCAGAUCAGUAUCAGUGCCCCAGAGCCAGACGCCCCAGAGGCUGAGACAGGAAACCACCAAGGCGAGGGUGACGGGGAGAGCCUGACAGGGGGGGUGCCUUCUAACAACACCCUGUCCCACCGCACCUCCAUGUUCAAGAAGCACAGCGGCCGCAAGCGGCGCCAAGGCGACGACGGCAUCGACCACGAGAUCUCGGCCUUCUUCCCUGCCAACCUGGACUUCCUGUGUCUGCAGGAAGUGUUUGACCACCGGGCCACAUCCAGGCUGAGGCGGCAGCUGCACCACUACUUCCCCUACAUCCUGAGUGAUGUGGGCCGCUACGCCUGGAAGGGCUGCUGCUCCCGCUUCAAGUUCCUCAACAGUGGCGUUAUGCUGGUCAGCCGCUACCCCAUCCUGGACGCCCACUAUGAGUGCUACCCUAACGGGCGAGGGGAAGAUGCCCUAGCAGCCAAAGGAGCUCUCUUUGUCAAGGUGCAGGUGGGAACCUCUCAUCAGGAGCAGAGAGUUGUGGGAUACCUCACCUGCACUCAUCUACAUGCCAUUGAAGGAGAUGCAGCUGUGCGUUGUGAGCAGUUGGAUCUACUCUUGGAGUGGGGGACGGAUUUCCGCAAGGCAACGUCCCGCCCCUCGGAGGAGAAGGGUCUGGAGGACCAGGUGGCCUUUGAUGUUGUCCUCGGUGACCUCAAUUUCGACAACUGCUCCUCAGAAGAUAAACUGGAGCAGCAGCAUUCCCUCUUUACGCAGUACAAGGACCCGUGUCGCCUGGGGCCAGGGGAGGACAAGCCAUGGGCUCUGGGAACACUACUGGACACCAGCGGGCUUUAUGACGAGGAGGUCAGUUCACCAGAGAGUUUGCAAAAAGUGAUGGAGAAUGAGGAGGGGAGGAAGGAAUACUUGGUGUUCCCUACCAAUAAAAACCACUGUCCGAAUCAGAAGGGCAGAAAGAUCCCCCUGAAAGGCAACGGGAGGAGGAUCGACUACAUCCUUUACAGUGAGGCGGUGCAGCAGGACUGGAAAGUGGACAUUGAAGAGUUUAGCUUCAUCACCCAGCUGGCUGGCCUCACUGACCACCUGUCUGUGGCCAUGCGUCUGGCUGUGUCCACAGGAGAGGAGGAGCCUUAGGCCCACACCCUUUAUACUGCCACGGAGGAAGAACCGGGACGGAAGAGGCAGAGAGAAGGCAAGGAACUCAGGCCUGAGAAAGACAGAGCUUGAAAAGGGAGAAGAAAUGGAUGGACAUAACAAAGAAGAAAUAAAGGAGCAGAUGCAGAGGAGUCAUGUGAUCCAGAGAAAACCUGGUGGAGAGAGAUAAGAGAGUGGUUGUUGUGUGUGUCAGAGGUCUGGACUGGGCCCAAUGCGGACCUGAGGGACUGAGCCAAAGACUCACACACCUACAGGCCACCGUACCAUGUAUCACCUCUGGUCCUCGAGGUCUAUCAGCUCCCUGAUGAUGGAGUACCAAUGAUUGACUUACUAUCAAUAAUUUCCUGUAUUUAGAUACUUUUAUGUUUUUAGGCCUCAUUUAUGUCUGACCUUUUUAUGUUUAUACUUUUUGGGCUCGGAAGCGUCUAAACUUAGUUCUUUAUUUGAUUUAAAACGGUGACAUGAGACUUCUCUUGACUCAUGGAAUAUAGAGUGUAGCCUGGC